AUGGUGGUGGGCGCUGCUGGAAGACUCGAGAAGGAGGUGGCUUUGAUCAGCUUUGAUUGUGCUCGCUGGUGGCCUCACAAACAACGUCCUGACAUUCUCAAGGCCACAAUGGGUUUGCAUGAGCCAGAGCAUUUUGCUGUUGCACUUGAAGUGACAGGGCUGCAGGGUAAGGCCGAUCACCUGCAGUCUUGGCGUUUGAAGAAAUGUCCAAAUGCAAGUGAUAGAGUCCCACUGAGCGGGGGCAGUUCUCCCUGUUCGUUGAAGGUGCAUCCACAGUUGAAAUUGUCAUACCACAGGCCUUCACAAGUGUCCAUGCCCACCAUGUGGCACUGUACAGGGCAGUGCCUACUACGAAUGGCAACUGCCUGUUUACAAUCCCUGUCAAGAUUGGUGCGGGACACAAGUCUGCUUAAUGGCAUCUGUGCGGUUCUUAGUGGAAGACUGUGCCUGGGAGCUCAAGAUAUUGAGACAGAACUGACGAUGGAUCGAACACGCCACGAUGAGAAGACGUCAGCAAGUUCAAGAAAGUGA